ACGUUACACUGAGCAGAGAGCUGUGUUACCAGAGAGAGAGAGAGAGAGAGAGAGAGAGAGAGAGAGAGAGAGAGAGAGGAAGAGAGAGGAUUAGAGUGAGAGAGAGAGGGAGACAGAGAGAGGGGCAAAGAAUAGAAAGAGCAUUGUGUUGCUGCUGAGAGAGAACCCAUGUCCGCACAAAGAGACUUGACAGUGACAGGAAGGAAGGGCGAGAUUCAGAGAUGAAAGAGAAGAACCCAUGGCACACGCCUGUGACCAUCAUCAUCACUGUGAUUGGUGUCAUAGCGAUUGUUGCCUUGGUGACGGUCGCAGUUUUGCAGAACAGGCCUCUCCUCCAAAAGUACAAGUAUGGGAUUGUACUGGACGCUGGAUCCUCCCACACAGCUCUGUAUAUCUACGAGUGGCCAGCAGAGAAGGAUAACAACACUGGCAGAGUCGAACAGACACAUUCCUGCAAAGUCAAAGGUCCAGGUAUCUCCAGCUAUGCGGCUGCUCCAUGGAAGGCAGGAGAGUCUCUGAGAGACUGCAUGCGGGAGGCCAAGCUACAAGUCCCAAAAAAAAGACACCACGAGACCCCUCUCUAUCUGGGAGCGACUGCGGGAAUGAGACUGCUCAAUAAAGAGGACAGCUCAGCAUCAGACCUGGUUUUUAAGGCUGUGGAAGAAACCCUGCAAAAGUCCCCCUUUUCCUUUCAGGGAGCAAGAAUCUUAAGUGGCCAGGAGGAGGGCGCCUUCGGCUGGGUCACAGUCAACUACUUGGACGAUCGCCUCAAGCAGGGCCUGGAAACCACAGGCGCGCUUGAUCUUGGUGGGGCCUCCACUCAGAUUAGCUUUGUAUCCGAUAAUUAUGACGGCUCUGAGUCACCCAGCAACGCCGUGACCUUUCGACUCUAUGGAAACGACUAUAACCUGUACACUCACAGCUUCCUGUGUUACGGGAAAGACCAAGCACUACGAAUGACGUUGGCACAACAGACUCAGGGUUCAAGUUCAGAAAUAUCAGAUCCUUGUUUCCACCCUGGCUACACAGACACAAGGAACUACUCAGUCCUCUAUGACAGCCCCUGCGUGUCAAGCAGGAAACCCCAGGGAGCACCUGCAACCUUCAUUCACCGUGGAAUAGGGAACUUCCAACAAUGCCAGGCGUUCGUGAAAAGCGUCUUCAACUUUACGCACUGCAAAUACAGCCGGUGUUCUUUCAAUGGGGUCUUCCAGCCACUUUUGCAGGGGCCAUUCGGGGCUUUCUCCGCUUACUACUUUGUGAUGAACUUCCUCAAUCUGACCGAUACAUCCAUCCAUUCACUGGAAACUGUCAAGGAAAAGCUAACAAGCUACUGCGCUACCCCAUGGGAUCAGUUAAGACAGCGGUAUCCAGAUGUAAAAAUAAAAUACCUGGCUGAGUAUUGUUUCUCCGGCACGUACAUCCUCACCCUGCUUACAGAAGGAUACAACUUCACCUCAGAGAACUACUCCAACAUAAAAUUCAUCAAGAAGAUUAAAGGCAGUGAUGCAGGCUGGACGCUGGGCUACAUGUUGAAUCUGACCAACAUGAUUCCAGCCGAAGCUCCUGACACCCCCAUUCUGCCCCACGCCAGCUACGUCUCCAUCGUCUCCAUCAUGGCGAUAGUGAUCUUCUUCCUCUUCAUCCUCAGCCUGCGCCCCCUCUGGCCCCGUUGCUCCAAGCAGCCGCAGAUCGUAUAAACGCACAUACAUACACACACACACACACACACACACACAUACUGUGUGUACAAGCGAUGGUGAUGGAUGGAGUGUGUGUGAGGGAUUGCGAGCGUGUUGGUGAGGGCUAUUUUACCAAUUUGUGAAUAAGCAAGUCAACGUUACACUUUCCAGCCUUUGUGAGGAUGUCAAAGGUCAACGUCUGCUGCAACAACAGUCCUGCAGCACAUAUGGAUUCAAGGACAUUUCAGUGUGACAGAUGUUUUCUCCCACUGGGGAGCGAGCUCUUCUUCCCUGGUUGAAGGGCAUUUGCUGUGGUUGUGUGUGAGUGUGUAUGAAUGUAUGCAUUUGAAUGUGUGUACCCACAUCAGUCUGCAUGUAUGUGUCUUGAAUUAUGAUGUGAAUAUGAUAAUGUAUAAAUAAAAUAACCCAAGUUUAUAUAAAA